CCCCCCUUCUUUAAAUCCACUCCUUCGGCGCACACCAUUGAAACAACACCACGUCCUUCCUCCGUCUGCAGACUCCUCUGGAGGAGAUCACGCGAAACAUGCUCUGCGGGACUCGGCUCGUGUAAAUCCGGAGGGGUUCAGGGGUGGGGGGGCCACACCAUCCAUCCAUUCAUCCAUCCGUCCGUCUGAGGCAUCGAGACGCUCGGGGCGACCGCGGAUGAAAGCGGGUCGCUGUCGAGCCAGCCAUCCGCUCGCUUUUUUUGUCCCCGGAGCACCGGGAGGAAGGCGCCCUGCAUCCCUGCAUCUCUCCCCGGCUGUCCUUGCACUCCGGCCCGGCUAAUCGCGCACAGAAGACAUCCUUCCGUCCAUAGAGCGUCUUAUAUCGGGUGUGAAAAGCGACCUGAGUGGUGCUGUGGUCGCCAUCGUUGUCGAGCCCCCACCCCACCCCCCAAAAAAGGACACGCACUUCUUUGCCCGAGCCGUCGCCAUGGGCAAACAGAACAGCAAGCUGAGGCCAGAGAUGCUGCAUGACCUGAGGGAGAACACAGAGUUCUCUGACCAUGAACUGCAGGAGUGGUACAAGGGUUUCCUAAAGGACUGUCCCAGCGGAACGUUGAACGUGGAGGAGUUCAAGAAGAUCUACGCCAACUUCUUCCCAUACGGCGACGCGUCCAAAUUCGCCGAGCACGUCUUCCGAACGUUCGACACCAACGGCGACGGCACAAUAGACUUCCGGGAGUUCAUCAUCGCCCUGAGCGUGACGUCGCGAGGCAAGCUGGAGCAGAAGCUCAAGUGGGCCUUCAGCAUGUACGACCUGGACGGCAACGGCUACAUCAGCCGCGAGGAGAUGCUGGAGAUUGUACAGGCCAUCUACAAGAUGGUGUCAUCCGUAAUGAAGAUGCCAGAGGAUGAGUCCACGCCUGAGAAGAGGACGGAUAAGAUCUUCAGACAGAUGGAUCUCAAUAAUGACGGCAAGUUGUCAUUGGAGGAGUUCAUCAAAGGUGCCAAAAGUGACCCCUCCAUCGUCCGGCUACUCCAGUGUGACCCCAGUUCAGCCUCCCAGUUCUGAACACCCCAAACUGCCCCAUCAGGAAGCCCGCUUGGCACCACCCUCCCUUCCCUCACCCUCUCUGUUGCUAUGACAACGGUCAUCGAGGAUAAAUGCAUGACGGUUUUCUCAUAUCAUCUUUUUUUUAAUGUCCGUGUAUGCAAAGGGAGGGAAUAUAAGAAGGAACGUAUCACUGUCAUCUUACUUUUUAUUUUUGUAUAUGUCGGCUGAUAUCAAAGGACAUGCAGAUAUGUAUCGAUGAGAGCGGCUCAUGUUCCUAAACGGCUCUCUUGCUCUGGAACAUGAGCAGCAUCUCAUCCAGCACACACAUGUAUAUCAUGUAUAUAUCUCUACAUAUCAUGUCUAAUGUGUAUCAUAAAAUGAAGCUCAUUUGCAAAGGCAGUACAGUAUUAUGUAGCGUAGCCUCAUGGUGUAACUUGUAUGGGGUAGUGGGGCGAUGUUGGUUUGAAUUUCAUUUGUAUUUAAUUUAUUUCAGUUUAAGUAUGUUGGAUGCUAUUUGGAGGACAUUAUUAUUAUUAUUACUAUUAUAACUACUGUAUUUACUCAAAUAGUGGCCAGGGGCAUUUAAUUACAUGACUGCACGUCUUCAUAUUUACAAACACAUUUUUGGAAUCAUAUUAAACAGUAUUUCUGGUACGUUACAAUUUAUGACAAGUGAAACGAGUUAAAAUUUUUUUUUAAACAAUUAUGGAAAAUUGCAGUGAGACAAGAACAUGGACGCACGCAACAAUGCGGAGUGAUCAGAGUCUACUGGAACUCUAAUCGUCAUUAAAGAUAUCGUCUCCACAUAAUGUUAGAUCAGUGAUUCUUGAACUUUUUACACCAAGUACUAUCAUAAUGACUACAUAAAAAUACAUUAGCAUAGUAGGCCUAAUUGGUUAAAAAAAAAAAAAAAAGGCAGAGGUUUUAUGCCUUGAAGGUGUAUUUCAUAUUAUUGGAAGAUACUGAAACAAUAUGCAGCGUUUGAACGUAGGAAAAAAAAAAACUGGACUUGAAUAAUGAUUCAAAUGUAUUGCACAUGAGUUACCUAAAUAAAUGUCUGAAAAUUAUUCAGUCAUAAUGCAUUGUUAUCAAAAGUUCAGUAAAACUAAACAGUACUUAACAAAUGUACUGUCCUGGGUUUAAAAAAAAAAAGUUUAAGCCACUGUGACAUUAUGCAAUGUUAAAUAUUUAAUUUUGUGAUUCUUUCAUAUACCACUAGAGGGAGUCAGCGUACCACACAUUGAGAAUCACUCCAUUAGAUCGUCUGUAACUGUGCGAUGAACUCAAAAGUCGCCACGUUUUAAUUAAUCUGAGACAUUGUUUUCGUGUCGUGUUAGGUGCUGUUGAUGUGGUUAGCAACGCAGUACAAAUGGGCUCGCCUGUUAACUCUAAUCUCCAUUGAGCGCUAAUCAUCACUAAAGACGUGAGAUCAUCUUUAAUACUGUGAGCAGAGUUCAAAUUGACUCAGCAGUUAACUCGGGAACAAUAGCGCCAAUGAAAUUUAAUUAUUAUAUUUAUUACCCUUUUUAAUGACCGGAAAAGGGAGGUGUCUAUUUGGGAAGCGGUGUUUAUUUGCUCAAGUGACGCCUGGAUGAGUAGGGGCCACUAUUUGAGAAAAUGCGGAAUUAUUAUUUUGGGGCAUCCAACAUGGCUGUUGCUAUCAUCGUCAUAGUUUGUUAAUUUGUAUUUGUUUGUGUUUUGUACAUAAUGAUCUCACGUCAUUUUAUUUGUACAUUUUUAUUGUUGUAUUAAAUAUGAUCAUAUUGUAGUUUACAGUGACGGAGAGAGAAUUGAGAAAAUGCUAAGUUAAGGCUGGUUGAAGUAAAAUACCCAUCAUGCGUUUGAUAUUAAAAAAAAAAGUUUCACACUUUCUGUGUUUGUAAAGUAUCAAGUCUGAUUGUGUGUGUGCAUGACGAUAUGUAUGGAAUGCUUGAGGUUCAUUUUAACAGUAUUGUUAUUAUAAGAAGAUAGUUAUAACUCAUCAGCACUGCAUGAACCCAUAAAGAAAAUGACAGGAAAAUUAUGUUAUGCACGGUGGUAUCUUUUUACAGCUCGGCACCAUACUGUACGUUUUUGGCUCACAGGUCAUUCACUAAGGGCUCGUUCAUCACUCGGAACACUUUAAUCACCUCCUGGAUUAGUCUGCUUAGCGGGAAGUUGGAUGAAGGGAUAUGUUUUACAAGAUUAGUCCACUAUUUUGUUUAGAAUUCAAAAGUAGUGACUGUGUUUACAUGCGAGAUAUUCAGACAUGUUUUGCUAUGAUUGGUAUAAUUGGAGCCUUUGGAUUUGGAAUUGUUGACACUCGUUUCAAACACGUUUGACUGAACAAAGCCCACAUUUGAAAUGAUACGCGCUUGUAAACAUACAGGGGGGCAGGGGAAAUCCCACUCUGCAGGCUUCAAUGCACUACAUAUGCAGGGUGUGAAGCAGCAAAACAGUAAUGUAAAAAUGCCAUAAGUAGUAUUACGGCCACACUGAAAACAAAUAUCAUGUAGGAUUACUAGAAUAAAGUUGCAAUUUUGAGAAAAAAAAAUCUUCACAUUAUGAAAGACAUAAUCCUUAUGCAAAAAAAUAAAAUAAAAAGUUGAAAAAUUAACAGAACUUGGAAUAACCAUGAGAAAACAAUUGCAUUUAAAAUGAAUGAAAGUAAAGCUUGAUUUUCUUUCAACAUUUUCCUUGUAAUAUUGCAACUUUUUUUCAUAUAAAUGUACCACUUUAUUCUUGGAACUUUGACUUCUCAGUAAAUUACGUCUCGUAACAUUCCAUUGUACCACAUAAUAAUAUUCUGAAUGUAUUUCUAUGACUGACUUCAUUCUCAUAACAUUCCAACUUUAUAUUCUCAUAACUUUGCAAAUGAUACACUCGCAUAACAGACUUUUUUCUCAUAAGACAUUUUUCUCAAAAUAUUGUGGCUUUAUUCUUGUAACUGAAAAUAACAUUCUGACGUUACAUUGCUCAUGCAAAGUAUUUUUCUUGUAUCAUUACGAAUGUAUUCUUAUAGUACUUUUAGUCUUGUAGCUUUAUCACUGUAAUCUUGGAACAUUAUGGCAUUAUUCUCAUAACAUUCCAACUUAAUUCUUGUAACUUUUUUUUCAUACUUUUAGGUCUUAUCUGGUCAACAUGGUUGUAUUCUUCCAACUUUAAUUCAGAAAAUGUUUCCUUACAAUCCACUUUUCUUGUAAUAUUACAAGUUUGUUCACACGACGUAGCAUUUUUCUUUUAUGAAUUCUUAUAACAUUAAGAAUUCAGCCUUGCAAUUUGACAUUUUCUCAGUGUUGGCCUAAUACUUUUUCUUUUAUUAGAUUGUACAAUACUGUUUUUUCUCCCCAUUUUGUUGGUAUCUGACUAAGGUAGAGCGAACACAAUCAAAACAAUUAAGAGAAAAAUCUUUAGUUUGUCACUUUCGUGUCCAUAAAAUCCCAUUAAACAAAAAACACAUUUCAUCCAUUAUGGUUUAAACAUGUCCAUUAUUUCGCAUAACAGCAUAUUGUAUGUGUCUGUUUUUUGUAUUGCCCAAGUCCAACACUUAACUUGCUCAACCUGAAUUUGUGGUAUGGUCAAGCUGUGCCAGAUGAGGUCUGAAUUGCAAGUUUCCUAUCCAGGUGUCUUUGCUUAUGGGGACUCUGUAGCGUCACUGCCUCUUGCUGGUAGGAUAAGGAACAACACUGUUUUCUGUUGCCACUGCCUCACAUGAAUUUAUCUUGUGCUGGAUGAAUUCUUUCUUCCUUCUGAUCGAACCAUUGCACUGCAAACGCACCCUUCCUAAGUUUUCUGUUGCAUGACAAAUAAAUCAUGUGAGGAUUUGUUCUAUUGGACCUGAACUACCAAUAUAGAUAUACUUGUUUCAAAACUGCACGUGUGGACUCUUCUGUCGUUUCUGGUUCCAAAUAAAACGAGGAUAUAAACUA